GGUAAAUUUCCGGGGUGUGAGUUUACUUCCUUGUGGUUCACAGAGACUAAAAGAUGUCCAAGGCAGGCAAUUCUAGAGCUUUUCGCAAAGUUGACGUAGACCAGUUUGACGAAGACAAGUACGAAGAACAAGAUGAUGAGAACGAGCAGGUUUCUGGCCCGAAUGAGUCCGACGUAAACGCUCUUUUGGCACAAGGAAAGAACAGUGAUGCCUUAAAAAGUGCUCUGAAAAAUGCACCAGUUGGAAGUAAAGAUCAAAAGUUAAAAAGUAAAGCUGUGCAAUUAGUGACAAGAGUCCUGACAUCAUUUAAGUCAAAUGAAAUUGACCAGUGUGUGAAAUCUUUAGAUUCAGUGACAUUAGACUUACUUAUGAAAUAUAUAUAUAAAGGAUUUGAAAACCCAUCAGAAGGAAGCAGUGGUGCACUUUUAACUUGGCAUGAAAAGGCUUUUGCUUUAGGUGGUUUAGGAACAGUUAUGAGAGUUUUAACAGACAGGAAGUGUGUAUGAAAACAUGACAAAGUACAUUCUUAAUUUUUUUUAUAUGAGCACAGAUACUCUUAUAUAUUUUAUAUAUAUGAACAAUUUUAACAUAUAUACAAUUACUUAUGUAAUGACUGAUAUUUGCAACCAAAAAGAAAUCAAGCUGUUCGAGUGCCAACUGUAACAUUCAGUGUCGCUAACAAUGUGUACAUAUGUCCUGUAUGUACAUGUCAGGUUUUCUGUAGACUACUCAUUUACUUCAUUAUUAAAAAUAUAUCCAUUACAAGUGAAAUGAACUGCUGAGAUAUUUUUCAUUUACUGUAAUAAUGUACAAAUUCUUUGGAAACUCAUAUUUUUCUUAUAUUAACAUGAUAUGCAGGCAUAAAAUGAUCUUACUAAGUAAUUAAAAUAUUGAAUCUACA